AUGAGACAAUUUACCUACCAGGACAUUGCAUCUAAUGUUCAAAACAGAAUGAGUCAGUUAGAAAAGGAAUAUGGAGAGAUAUCAACAGGAAAAAUCCUAAGAGAAAAUUUUGGAGCCUUAACGUCUAGUUCUCUAGCAUCAGAUGAACACGGUUACAGCAUGAAGACAACACAGAAAUCACAAGAAGCUGGAUCCUCUCCUCCAGUCAAACAGCUGCUUGAUAAACCUCAGACUGUCAUUGACAUGCAUCAGGGAACACACCAUCUGACAGCAUUGACCAAAAGUGGAGAUUUAGUCUAUACUGAUUUCAAUAAUAAUACUGUGGACAUUGUGAAGAAUGAGAAGAUAGAAGAGGCGAUCAGACUAGAAAACUGGAGUCCUCAAGAGAAACAAACCUUUCAAUUUGAUGAUAAAGAAAAACCCCUCUAUUCAUUGGGUCGAUCUGAACGAUUUAUAACUGAGAACAGGAACCUGGAUAUCUGUGUGUCUGAUAGUGAGGCUAUAUCAGUAGUGGUGGUCAAUCAAGCCGGGAAACUGAGAUUCAGAUACACUGUACAUGCUCGUCCUACCUCUUUAAUUAGUAAACCUAUCAGUUUACGAUGA